AUGUCCAACACCGGCUUCGACCAGGCCCCGCCCAAGACCGAGAUCAUCACCCUCACGUCGCACGUCCUCUCGCAGCAGCAGCGUCACCCGAUCGCGACCGGCGACUUGACCCUCCUCCUCACCGCCAUCCAGACGACCUGCAAGUUCAUCUCGACUAAUGUCCGCCGCGCCGGCCUCCUCAACCUGAUCGGCCAGGCCGGCUCGAGCAACAUCCAGGGCGAGGACCAGAAGAAGCUCGACAUCCUGUCGAACGACAUCAUGAUCAACAGCCUGCGCGCGUCGGGCAAGUGCGCCGUCCUCGUCUCGGAGGAGAACGAGGAGCCCAUCUUUAUCGACACGGCCCACCGCGGCCGGUACUGCGUCGUCUUUGACCCGCUCGACGGCUCGUCCAACAUUGACGCCGGCGUCAACAUUGGCACCAUCUUUGGCGUCUACAAAUGCCGCGACGACUCGGAGGGCACGCUCGAGGACGUCCUGCGCCCCGGCUCUGAGCUCCAGGUCGCCGGCUACUGCAUGUACGGCUCGUCGGCCAACCUCGUCAUCUCGACCGGCCAGGGCGUCAACGGCUACACCCUCGACAACGGCAUCGGCGAGUUCAUCCUCACGCACCCCAACAUCCGGAUCCCGUCGCGCGGCAAGAUCUACUCGUUCAACGAGGGCAACUCGCUCUUCUUCCACGAGCCCGUCACGCAGUACCUCGAGUCGAUCAAGUUCCCCUCGAACGGCAAGCCCUACUCGGCGCGCUACAUCGGCUCGAUGGUCGCCGACGUCCACCGCACGCUUCUCUACGGCGGCAUCUUUGGCUACCCCUCGGACAAGAAGUCCAAGAACGGCAAGCUCCGCCUCCUGUACGAGGGCUACCCGAUGGCGUUCCUCGUCGAGCAGGCCGGCGGCCUCGCGACGACGGGCACCGAGCGCAUCCUCGACAUCAAGCCGACCGACAUCCACCAGCGGUGCCCCGUCUUCCUCGGGUCCAAGGACGACGUCGAGGACGUCAUGCGCUUCCACCAGUAG